AUGGGGUGUCGAGGUGUCGAGUUGGUGUCGAGGUUUGGUGUCGAGGGCUUCGUCGGGCGCGUCUUCGCGUCGAGCGGUGGCGAGCUAGCCCCUCCAGCCGGCCGCGGAGCGGAGAACCGGAGGCUCGACGCGGAGCGGCGGAAGGCGGAGGAGGCCAAGCUCGAGGCGCAGGUGCGCGAGCGGUACGAGAACCGGCCCGACCAGGGCGCGUGGGACGACGACGAGGACUUUGGAGAGGACACGCGCUUCCAGGAGCUCCCCGACGCCACGCGCGACCCGAAGCUGUGGCUGCUCAAGUGCAAGCCGGGCGGCGAGAAGAUGCUCAUCAUCUCGCUGAUGCAAAAGUACCUCGACGCGGCGGAGGCGGGGACGCCGCUCUCCAUCAAGUCGGCGCUCUGCACCGAGAUCAAGGGCUACAUCUACGUCGAGGCCUUCAAGGAGGCGCACAAGGCGCUGCACCCCGGCGCGUGGGUACGCAUGCGGCGCAACGACGACUACAAGGACGACCUCGGGCAGGUCGUCGACAUCGACGUGGACGGCGCGCGGGCGCGGGUGCGGCUGGUGCCGCGGCUGGCGGCGUACCUUGGCGAGGAGGACGGCACGAAGCGGCGCGUGCGGCCGACGCCGAAGCUCUUCGACGCCGACGAGCUCCGCGCCAAGGGCGAGGACGUCGGGACGGGCGUGAGGAGCUCUCGCGGCCGGCAGGUAUACUACUACGACAACCAAGAGUUUGAGGAGGGCUUCCUGCUGCGCCACCUCUCCGUCAAGGGGCUCAAGUACGGGGACGGAGUCCAGCCGACGAUGGCGGAGCUCGAGCGCUUCAAGACCGGCCUCGGCGCCGAUGCCGACGCCGAGCUGCUCGCUGCCGCCUCUGGCGCGGGCAGCGGCGCGCUCUUUCGCGUGGGUGACUAUGUGCAGGCGGCGGUUGGGGGGGGGUGGAGGGGGGCCAGGGAAAAAUAA